GCUGCUCGCCUGAACAGCUUUAGCCCCUCGGUUUAUAAAAAUAAAAGCACGUUAUUGUGUCUGGCUCUGAGGAUUUAAAACCCUGAGGUGUGUGAAGACAUGAACACAGAGACAUCCAAAGAUGGAGGGACAUCAGAAGUCCGUGUGAAGAAAGAGGAGACGCUGGAGCUGAAUAUCUCCAACCAUGGAGACGACCUUGACAACCCACCUGAAUGUCUUUCCAUUAACAUGGAAGAUCAUGACAAUAAAGACCACCUCUACUGUGAAGUUUGCAAAUCCUUCUUCUUCAACAAAUGUGAGGUUCAUGGACUGCCCCUCUUCAUCUCAGAUACUCCUGUUCCCAUGGGAGUCUCUGACCGAGCCAGACAAACUCUUCCUCCUGGGCUAGAAAUCAAGAAGUCCAGUAUUCCUGACGCAGGCCUGGGAGUGUUUAAUAAGGGGGAGACGAUUCCAGUAGGUGCACACUUUGGACCCUACCAGGGAGAGCUGGUAAACCGAGAGGAAGCCAGGAAAAGUGGAGACUCCUGGGUUGUAUACAGGAGCAUGCAGUGUGAAAAAUACAUCGACACCAAAAGAGAGAUGCAUGUGAAUUGGAUGAGGUAUGUGAAUUGUGCCCAUAAUAAUAAAGAACAGAAUCUUGUGGCAUUUCAGUAUCGAGGGGGAAUUCUGUAUCGUUGCUGUCGACCCAUUAACCCAGGACAGGAGCUCUUGGUGUGGUAUGAAGAGGAGGGCACCAAAGAACUCAGUCCUGCACCUACAGGAACAACCAGACAGAAAGAAGUAAAGAACACUUUACUGCAAGUCUUUUCCUGCUCCACAUGUUUUCGUUCCUGUGCAUCUCAAAUUUACCUUGACCAGCGCAUCCAGAGAUACCACGAUGAAGAGUCUGUGAGACUUCAGGAAUCAAGAGAGAUUAAAUAUGAACUUCAAAUCCCCUCCAAAUGCUCCAGUAGUCAGCCAACAUCAACUGAUGCUUUCAGUUCUGACACUUCUCAUAAUGAUGUAGAGAAGGAAAUUCACCACAGCUCAGACUGUGGAAAAAGUUUUGGUCAUCAGAAUGCACUCAAAUGGAACCAGUGCAGUCACAAAGGAGUAAAGCCACAUGACUGCUCACAGUGUGGGAAGAGUUUUACUGAACAGAGUGCUCUCCAACGACACCAGCACAUUAACACAGGAGAGAAGCUGUAUCACUGCUCACAGUGUGGGAAGAGUUUUACUCAUCAGAGUCAUCUCCAAACACACCAGAGCAUUCACACAGGAGAGAAGCCGUAUCACUGCUCACAGUGUGGAAAGAGUUUUACUCAUCAGAGUCAUCUCCAAAUACACCAGCGCAUUCACACAGGAGAGAAGCCGUAUCACUGCUCACAGUGUGGGAAGAGUUUUACUCAGCAGAGUACUCUCCAAAUACACCAGCGCAUUCACACAGGAGAGAAGCCGUAUCGCUGCUCACAGUGUGGGAAGAGUUUUACUCAUCAGAGUCAUCUCCAAAUACACCAGCGCAUUCACACAGGAGAGAAGCCGUAUCACUGCUCACAGUGUGGGAAGAGUUUUACUCAGCAGAGUACUCUCCAAAUACAUCAGCGCAUUCACACAGGAGAGAAGCCGUAUCGCUGCUCACAGUGUGGGAAGAGUUUUACUCAUCAGAGUACUCUCCAAACACACCAGAGCAUUCACACAGGAGAGAAGCCGUAUCACUGCUCACAGUGUGGGAAGAGUUUUACUCAUCAGAGUCAUCUCCAAAUACACCAGCGCAUUCACACAGGAGAGAAGCCGUAUCACUGCUCACAGUGUGGGAAGAGUUUUACUCAGCAGAGUACUCUCCAACAACACCAGCGCAUUCACACAGGAGAGAAGCCGUAUCACUGCUCACAGUGUGGAAAGAGUUUUACUCAUCAGAGAGAUCUCCAACGACACCAACGCAUUCACACAGGAGAGAGGCCGUAUCACUGCUCACAGUGUGGGAAGAGUUUUACUCGUCAGAGUCAUCUCCAACGACACCAACGCAUUCACACAGGAGAGAAGCCAUAUCACUGCUCACAGUGUGGGAAGAGUUUUACUCAUCAGAGUGAUCUCCAACGACACCAGCGCAUUCACACAGGAGAGAAGCCGUAUCACUGCUCACAGUGCGGAAAGAGUUUUACUUGUCAGAGUGAUCUCCAAAAACACCAGCGCAUUCACACAGGAGUGAAGCCAUAUCACUGCUCACAGUGUGGGAAGAGUUUUACUCAUCAGAGUGCUCUCCAACUACACCAGCGCAUUCACACAGGAGAGAAGCCGUAUCACUGCUCACAGUGUGGGAAGAGUUUUACUCAGCAGAGUACUCUCCAACUACACCAGCGCAUUCACACAGGAGAGAAGCCGUAUCACUGCUCACAGUGUGGGAAGAGUUUUACUCAGCAGAGUACUCUCCAACUACACCAGCGCAUUCACACAGGAGAGAAGCCGUAUCACUGCUCACAGUGUGGGAAGAGUUUUACUCAGCAGAGUAAUCUCCAACUACACCAGCGCAUUCACACAGGAGAGAAGCCGUAUCACUGCUCACAGUGUGGGAAGAGUUUUACUUAUUCAGGUACAUUUAAAACCCACAAGUGCAAUAACUCCGAGACAUUGCAUGCUUUAAAGUUGUCAAAUUAAAUGGUUUUUAUUCAUGCUUUUGCUGAAAAUGUCCUGUACUUUGAUCCUAAUUGUUCAUAUUAAAGGACUACAUAUUUUAAAACAAUCUUAGUGAUUUUUAAACAAGGCUGUUAAUGUUUUCUUUUGAUCUUAUGUAGUUAUUAAGUAGUCAUUAAUUACCACCAUAUAAAUAAUGAUUCAACUGUAACACUAUUAUCAGUGUAGUACUGUAGCAUGAGACUAAUUCUUCAUAGAAUUAUUACGGAGCAGGAGUUUAAUGUACUAUGUUUAACGGAAAUGUGGAUCAAACCAAAUGAGUAUGUCGCAUUUAAAUGAAGCUAUAUGCUUCAUUCUCAGCUAUAUGUAUCAGCUUCGUCUAACUGGUAGUGGACAAGGCGUCAUAGUUAUUUAUGAUAACGUAGACAUCAUACAAAAACCUGAACAAAAUUUCAAUAUGAUUUGAAGUUCUUUAUAUUAACAUACAUAGCAAAAAAAUAAGUCUACCCAGUCAGUUCAGCUAAUUAUUUACAGAUCUGUGGUCUGUGUUCUGAAUUUCUUUCUGAAUUUGCGGAUUUCAUCUCAAACUGGUUGUUUCUUUGGACAAAAAAUGAAUUAUUGUCGACUUUAAUAUUCACUUAAUGUUAGGUUUUAUUCCUUUGUAGGAUAGAUUCUGUUCGGUUGAAAUGGCCUUCUGUCUCAGCUAGACAUUGUUUAAGAACAUUUUGCUUGUUUUGAUGUGGGAUGUGUAUUGUUGAUCAGAGAUGUGUCUGGAUAGCGCCAAGGUCUGCAAUGAUGUCAGACCCACUCUCACACACUCGCAGCUGCAUAGCCAACAUGUAUUUGGGAUUAAAAGUUAAAUUUAAAGCCAUGAUAUAAGUUAGUUUUAUAGCUAGGAUUGUGAUUUAAGAUUGGUAGCGUUAACCAGUUUCUUUA